AUGAACAGGCGCGGUCGAAUCUCGUCCAUCUCCCGUGUUUAUCCUGGAAAGCCGUGCUGCCAGUUGCGAGCCCUUUCCGAGGCCAAGCGCUCGCUUCCCCCCCCCUGCCGGGAGCCGCGGGACGGAGGAACGCCGUCGGUCGGACGGAAGAACGCCCGCGGCCGCCCGCCCAGCAGCAGGCAGGGGCUGGGAGCGCCCGGCGCCGGCAGCAGCGGCUUUUCUCUGCCUGACGUUUUUUCACCGUGGGAUGGGGGAAUGCGGACAGACCCCCGAGCGGCCCAGCUGGCCCCCGGCUCCAGGCCGCCCGCCCACGCUGUGUCGUCAUUUCAAGUCAGAGGUUUCAGAAAGGCUCAGCCCAAGGCGCUGGGGACCAUCCACAUCUUUACCGGGAUCAUCCACAUCUGCUUCGGGAUCAUCCUGACGGUGUCAGAGUACGGGACCCCUUCCAUCCCUGUGGCCAGCGGUGUCUUCUUCUGGCUCGGGCUCCUGCUCCUGGUCUCAGGCUCUCUGCUGGUGGAAAGUGAAAAGAGAGAUAACAUCUCGCUGGUGAAGACCUGCUGCGUGGUCAACAUGGGGGUCAUCCUGAGCACGCUGGUGGCCACUCUUGUCCACACCACGGCCAUCGCUCACAACAUCCCCGGCUGCGACACCAACACGCCGUACCAGGCGAAAGCCGAGUGGUGCUUCAACGCUGGCAACAAGGUCCUGAGCAACGGGCUGGAUUCCAUGUUCGUCAUCUUCUGCCUCCUGGAGUUCUGCGCGGCGGUGGCGGCCCUGGCCUUCGGCUACGACGCCGUCAAGCAGCACAACUACACGCGCAUGCUCUGCCUCCUCCGGCUGCUGACGCGGCCCGCCCGCCGGCUCAGGUUCUCACACAUGAUCCAGGACAAGGCCCUUCGCGCCUCCUGGGCGCGGAAGAUGAAGGAGCGGCAGGAGAGGAAGCUCGUCCGGGACCUGGCACGGCAGCUGCAGGAGGGGAAGCAGAGAGAACGAGAGGGCGAGCUCAGGGCCGCGUUGCGGAGUCCGGGCCGUGACCGGAGAUUUUCCACCUCUCUCCGGCCGCAACCCCGUGCCUCUGCCUGCAUCCCGGGCUUCGGGGGCCCUGGCGUUAAUCGGUCUCUCUGCUUGUCCCCAGGACCGGGACCCUUCCCGGGGGUGAUCGACCUGUUUGGGGGCGCGGGUGGCCUCAUCGAGUUUCGUGCGGGGCUGUUGGCCAGCCGGGGCUUCGCGGUGCUGGCGCUGGCCUUCUUCGCCUACGAUGACCUGCCCCGCACCCUGGCCCAGCUCGACCUGGAGUAUUUCGAGGAGGCGGCCGAGCUGCUCCUCCGGCACCCCAAGGUGCGAGGCCCCGGCUUGGGUGUCGUUGGCGUCUCCAAAGGAGCAGAGGUGGCCCUGGCCAUGGCCGCCUUCCUCCCGCAGGUGGCGGCCACGGUGUGGAUCAACGGCACGGCCUUCCUCCACGGCAACCCGCUGGUCUACAAGGACCUCCGCAUCCCACCCAUCCCCUACUACACCGAGCGCGUGAUCUUCACGGAGGUGGGGGCCUUGGACAACUCGGCCAUCUUCGCUGACCCCCGGGACCCCGCGUACAGCGCCUCGGCCAUCCCGGCCGAGAAGGUCCGGGGGAAGGUCCUCUUCGUGGUGGGGGAGGCCGACCGCAGCUUCAACAGCAAGCUCUUCGCCGAGCUGGCCAUGGCACGGAUGCCGCCGGAGCGCUGCCGCCUC